AUGACCCCUCAUCCUUACUUCAUGCCUAGUGGUCAUACUCACAAUAUGACCCCUCAUCCUUACUUCAUGCCUAGUGGUCAUACUCACAAUAUGACCUCUAGUCCUUCCUUCACACCUUUGUCUGGCUCCCUCCCACCAUCUUGGAGUGGAGGCCAGGCAAACCUCCCUAAUGGUCCUCUCCAUCCCGACGAUCUACCCCAAAACUCUUCAGACGGACUACAUCCACCCCGUAGUCCAGCCACUUGCUCUGAGGGACAUUGCCUACCUAAUGACCAAUCCUUGGCUCAACCUCAUGAUGACCAAUCCUUGGCUCAACCCCCGGAUGAUGACCAACCCUUGGCUCAACCCCCGGAAGAUGACCAACCCUUGGCUCAACCCCCGGAAGAUGACCAACCUUUGGCUCAAUCCCUGGAUGAUGAUCAACCCUUGGCUCAACCCCCAGAAGAUGACCAACCUUUGGCUCAACCCCUGGAUGAUGACCAAACCUUGGUUCAACCUCCCCGCGAUGACCAACCCCUGAUGGUACCCUCUGGAAGAGACCAAUCAUCUACCGCAUCUCCUUCUGCGGAAAAUCGAACUUUGAUUUUACACCCGAGAGAAGGAAAUCAACCCACUAUAAGAACUAGAUCUGGUCGCUCUGUUAAGAAACCAUCAAGAUAUAAAGACUAUGAACAAUAA